AGAAGCGAGGUGGCGGAGGGAUGCAGAAAACUGUCGAAGUAACACUGAGGUUCUCUGGCUCUCCAGAGGUCGGGUUUUACAUCGCCUCUACGAAUUGCAUUCAGAGGUGAAGACGUUUCUUACUGAUGCGAAGUCCGAUCUUGCACGGUACCUGGACGACCCCCUGUGGGUAGCACAGUUGUCAUACCUUGUAGAUAUUUUCGACAGGUUGAAUUUGUUGAACACAUCAAUGCAAGGGAGAGAUGCCAACAUCUUGCUUCUUUCAGACAAAGUCAGCGCAUUCGUUGGCAAGUUAGAUCUUUGGUGUGAUCGGCUGAUUAAUAAAAAUGUUGACAUACUUCCCACCUUCGCUGACAGUGUGCAUGAGACAGGGAUAAAUAUCUCUCCUUUGAUGAACAUAGUCGCUCAACAUGAAGGACUGAAAAAACAAUUCGCCAAUUAUUUCAGCGAGGAUUUCAGUUCAUUUGCUUGGGUCAGAGAUCCCUUCAUUUGCCCAGGAAAAGACCUUUCAGUUGACAUGGAGGAGCAGUUAGUCGAAUUAAAGAGUGACACCAGAUUGCGACACAUCUAUAGCUCUUGCUCUCUGUCUUAGUUUUGGUUGAGUGUGAUGACUGAAUAUCCUCAGUUGUCCGACGGCACCCUAAAAUUACUUCUUCCAUUCGCCUCAACUUAUCUGUGCGAUGCCGGGUUUUCAAAAUUGAUUGCCUUGAAAACCAAGUACCAAAAUCGGCUGCAGGUGGAGGAUGACGUCAGGCUUGUGCUGUCAAACACUGAACCGUGAAUUGUGCUUCUUUGAAAAGAAGCAAGCGCAGGUGACCCACUGAAUGAUUAAACAAUGUCAUCGUCCCGAUUUGCAUAAUUCGUAUUCGAAUGGAAUGCAAUAUGUUUUACAUGUAAAAUAGUAGGCCUGCACGUUAUUACAACCUAGUUCUCUUGUUUAAAGAAGCCUAGUUAUAGUGUUCAGAAACAUUUUUGAUAAUUUAAACACAUUUUCCAUACAUAAGUCAUAAAAGUUAUAAAAAUUAAAAAAGUAUAAAAGCAAAAAAAAAAAAAAAAACUAUCUAAAAAACAGAUUAUAUAGAUAGGUUAUAGAUCAGCCAAUCGCUGUGUGAAUAAUUAGUAAGCGCGUUGACAUCAUUCAUCAUUCAACGAGGUCAACCCUGCCCUUUCUCUUAGUUUAAGACUUCUCUCUAUUCCUUAGUAAAAGUUGGUCUCAGCAGCUUUGUGAAUAGGUUUUAAGAGAAAACUCUUAACCAAGAACUUUUACAGCCAUUUAGGAGAACUCUUAGUGGUAAGAUAAAAUGUUUUGUGAAUACGUAUGUAUUAGGGAUGGGAAGAUUAACCGAUAUGUAUCGAUACGCGGUCAUGCGCGUGCACGAUGCGAGUGCAUCGGUAGAGCAGCAGAGGAUGAAUGAAAUUUUGGAAGCAAAUCGAGAUGCAUCGGUUUUUGCGAGAUACAGCUUAUCCUUUUAAUACAGAAUGUAUUUAUUUAUUUAUUAACAAGUGUUGUCAACCUGUUUUUUGCGCAUAAUUUAAUCGACCUACAUAAAGUAGGCCUAAGCAACGGACUUGCGGAUGUGUGUACUACAACUCAAUGUAUCAGCUGCGCGGAUGAAGCCAGUGAUGCGCCCAAAGGUAGUUGUCAGGACGCGCGAGGAGUAAGCAAAAUAAACAUGUCGGACGCCGAGAUAAUUUAUCCUCCACUGAAUUUUAAAUCUAAAGUUUGGGAACACUAUGGAUUUUACAAGAAAGACGGACGACUUGACAAGACAGAUGCAAUUUGUAAAAUGUGCCGCGCAUCUGUAAAAUACACGGGCAGUACGACUAAUCUGAUAUCUCACUUGAAGCGGCGCCACGGUGUUGUUGUGGAUUCGGAAGCGUCUGCCAGUGCCCCUGCAUCCAGCUCUGACUCACCUGUAGCUACCAGCUCCAAAAGUGGUGAGAAAAGUAUUGAAAGUUUUUUCCAUGCCCCGCUUGCUAACAGUUCCGCGCGCUCUACGGCAAUAACUGAUGCCAUUGCAUUGUUCAUCUGCAAAGAUAUUCAGCCCUAUAGUGUCACGGAGAACGAAGGUUUUAAACACCUCCUCCAUGUCUUGGAGCCUCGUUAUAAGAUACCAAACCGAAAGCUAUUCUCCGAUAAACAGAUUCCUGCCCUGUACGACAAGGCCAGAAGAGAGAUAGAGGAGUCUCUGCACAAAGCCCAAAGAGUUGCUGUAACAGUGGACGGCUGGACAUCGUGCGCUACAGCAUCAUAUGUAACGGUCACAGCACACUACAUAGAUGACGGGUGGGUUCUCAAAAACCACGUUCUGCAGACCAGAGUGUUCAGCGAGGCUCACACAGGGAAUAAUCUAGCCGUUUUACUUCAGGAUGUUUGCCACGAGUGGAAGAUUGAAGAGAAGAGCCCUGCGUUAGUCACAGAUAACGCCAGAAACAUGAUCCUGGCUGGUGCUGGUGCCAAGAUGGACCCACAUGUGAGAUGCAUUGCCCACACGUUGAACUUAGCAUCUCAAAAAGCCUUUAAGGUGGACAGUGUCUCUGAGCUGGUGGUGAAAGUUAGGAAGCUUGUCUCUUUUUUCCACAAAAGCCCCAAGGCAACUGAAGUUCUGCGUGAAAUACAGACCCAGUUACACCUGCCCAACCACAAGCUCAUCCAUGUUUCCACCAGAUGGAACAGUACCCUCGACAUGUUGGAGCGUUUCUGGGAGCAGCAGCCUGCUGUGCUGAACACCCUGCUGUCCAGGAAGAUAAAGAGGCGUGAGGCUAUGGCCAGUUUGACAGAAGAUGACAUGGACACUGAUCCCAGAGAUCAUCAAAUUAAUGUCACCUCUGAAAGUGGCAACCACACUCCUCAGUGAGGAAAAAAAUCCCACCAUCUCCAUUAUAUCUCCAAUCCAAGCCAAACUGCAGAGACAAUUCCAACGAGAUGAGAGUGAUCUAGAGGUUAAUUCCCAUAUGAAAGACAGAUUCAGGCAGGACUUUGAUGGCCGUUAUACAUAUCUUGAAGGCACUCUCCACUGUGCCUCAGCACUUGACCCACGUUUUAAAGACCUGGCUUUUCUGGAUGACAGUGAUGCCAAGGAUAUGGUAUUCAUGAAGAUAACAACAGAGGUGGUACAGAUGAAUGGAGAGGUAAGAACAUUUAAAGUAAGAUCGUUAUUGCAGUUUAGAACUAAUAAUAUAUGAAUAUGCAUUAUUUUACAUGUUUAUGCAUUUUUAAGGAAGAGGCCAGUGACACAGCAAUGCCGAAUGAAGACCAGGCAACAGGCACAUUGGAAGAGGACCAGACAGCUGAAACAGAAUGCGACAAAAGCCCUUCAAAAGAGGACAAGACAGAUGAUGCCCCUCCAAAGAAAAAGACUGCCAUGGACCAGAUGUUUGGAGAUUUCCUGAGUGCAAGACCACCAGCAAAGACCAUCAGGGAGAAAGCUAAGGAUGAAAUCUUAAAAUAUAGAGAGAGGGACACUUUAGGUUUGGAUGGGGAUGUGUUGCAGUGGUGGAGACUGCAAGUAGAUCUUCCACUACUAUCAGCUUUGGCAAAGAGAUAUCUGUCCAUCCCAGCAACAAGCGUACCAGCUGAAAGAGUUUUCAGCACAGCUGGAGACAUAGUUACAGCUCAGCGUAGCUUGCUUCACCCUGAUCAUGUUGAUCAGUUGAUAUUUCUGAAGAAAAACCUUUAACAUGAAGGUGACUGACCAAUGUGCACUAUUCUAAAAGGCCACAAGGUGUCCUCCUGUUUUCUUUAAGGAAUUUUAUUUAAUUUUUAUUUAAUUUUAUUUUAUUAGCCUGUUGUUUACAGUGACAUUGAUGUUUCAAAGUAAAAGCAGCAUAACACUGCUAGUUGAUGACGUUAAGUUUUGAAUAUUCAGUGGCAAAAUAUAUCUUUAUAAAACUUAUUUUCAUAGUUGAAAAGUGAAAUCACAAUUCUUGUUGUGCAAUGGUAAGCCUUCUUUCUGUUGAAAGAGUGCAAAGAUUUUUUUUUUAGUAUAUAUUGCACUUAUACGUUCUGUUUAUCUUGGAAAUACUUAAAUAAUAUGUGCCAUGUGUUCUAAAAUGGCCCUCUACUGUAAACCGACACUCAGGCUCUGAGAGAAAAGCCAGUUUGUAAAAAAGUAUUGGUUUUACUUGCUUAAUAAAUAAUCAAACUAAUUCAAUGGCACCACAUCCUCUUUCACAUCACCACAUAAACUUGAUCUAAUUAGCUAGUGCUGAAUUAUCGCAUCGUAUCGUGAUAUGGGUGUGAAUCGUAUCGUAUUGCAUCGCAAAAUGCCACACAUGUAUCGUUAAUAUAUCGGAUCGGAUACUUUGUAUCGAGAUGCGUAUCGGAUCGGCAUUAUACCUUAGAUGCCCAACCCUAGUAUGUAUUAGGGCUGCAACAACUAUCUGAUAAAAUCAAUAAUGAAAAUCAUCAUCAAUACUCUUUAUCGAUUAGUCGGGUCUGCCCACCGUGCACAGAAAACUUCUGCCAGUCGCGU